UUGCGUUCGCUGGCAUGUUUUUUUUGUCGGUGUUCUUGAUGCAUCGAUAAAUUUUGAUGAAUUUGUUGUAAUUUAAGUGAUAAUUGCGCAUUAUUAAGGUAUUUUUCAUCUUGAUUCAAGUUCACCGGUGUCCAGUUUUCCGAAACGGCUUCCAACAUGUACGACGACGGCGACGAUGGUUAUUACGGCCAAAAUGGCACUACGUCAAACUAUGAUGCAUACACCGAAGAAGUUGAAAGACCAUUCUAUCGGUAUUCUUCAAUAACAUCCGAUAUACCCGAACAAAUCAAGCAAUUUAUUCAAUAUUUUCAUCUCGCCAUCAAAGAGAAGCGAAUGUACGAGAUUCAAGAUUUGUACGAAAACACGUUCCCUAAAUUGUCCGAAGAAUACUUUGAUCGUACUCCUUGGCCCGAUGAAAACAGCAUUUCACAUUUGGUUGAAGGCGAUCGCACAUUUUUAGUUCUGUAUAAAGAACUCUACUUCAGGCAUUUGCACGCGCGUCUUAGUAGUUCGGUUACUCUGCAGCAGAGAUUUGAUUCGUUCUCCAAUUAUUGCAACUUAUUCAAUCUAAUUCUUCUCGCCGAUAGUGAGAAUAAAAUGCCACUUCAGCUCGAAUUGCCCGAUGUGUGGUUAUGGGAAUUAAUCGACGAGUUCGUUUAUCAAUUCCAAGCGUUUUCUCAAUAUAAACUUAGACCGAAGAAAACCAUCGAAGAAAUCGAUUUACUUUCAGAUAAAGGCAACUUCAAUCGUGUUUGGAACGUUUUAUCUGUUUUGAAUGUGUUACAUUCUCUCAUCGAUGUAUCCAACAUUAAAAAACAGUUAGAAGUUCAAGCCAGCGGUGGUAAUGCUGAUUCAGUUGCGGGUGUUUUUGGUAAACAUUCGUUGUACAAAAUGUUGGGAUAUUUCUCCUUGGUCGGUUUGUUGCGUUUGCAUUCACUUCUCGGUGAUUAUUAUCAAGCCGUCAAAGCUCUGGAAAAUAUUGAAAUUCAUAAAAAGAGUCAAUAUUCUUCUGUUCCGGCGUGUCAGAUAACGAUGGCUUAUUACGUAGGAUUCGCGUACAUGAUGAUGAGACGAUAUGCAGAUGCUAUUCGUACAUUCAGUUCGGUUUUGUUGUAUUUGCAACGAGCUAAGCAGUUGUUCCAGUCGAAAACUUAUCAGAAUGAUCAAAUCAACAAACAAACUGAACAAAUGUACAAUUUGUUGUCAAUUUGCUUGGUUUUACAUCCUCAAUACAUCGAUGAAUCGAUCCAACAAGCUCUUAGGGAUAAAAGCUUUAUCGAUAAGAUCGCCCGAAUGCAAAGCGGAGAUAUUGACGAAUUCGAAUCUUGUUUCUUGUACGCGUGUCCUAAAUUUUUAUGCCCAACAUCUCCAUCUCCGGAAACAAUUCAUGAAGAUCAUACUCGAGAUGCGACCAAAUAUCAAGCUCGCAUUUUCUUAGAUGAAGUUAGACAGCAAGAGAUGCUGCCUACUAUUAGAAGUUACUUGAAACUUUACAAAACGCUUCCUCUCUCGAAAUUGGCCACUUUCAUGAGACCAGUUCUCGAAAGAUCCGGCUCGAAUAUCGAUACUGAAAAAGAACUAACGAAACAGCUGCUCUGCUUUAAGCACAAAAUGAAGAACAUGGUUUGGACGAAAGGAGGUUCUGGGCUUGAUGGAAGUUUCCAAUCUGGUUCCGAACUUGAUUUCUACAUCGAUAAUGAUAUGAUUCAUAUCGCCGAUACGAAAGUGGCAACUCGUCAUGCAGACUUGUUCAUCAGAAAAAUACAAAAAUUCGACGAAUUGAGAAAGAAAUUACAAUCUUUGAGAGUUCAGUAAGUUGUAUUUAUUUUGCAUUUUUUUAAAUUUGUGAAAUUAUUUAAUAAAAGUUAUGUAGAGAUAA